AUGAAAGCCACCCAGCGAUGCAUAGAGCUACCGUUAGACAACGCUGAAUUCGAACAACGUCCACGGAAUGAAGUAGAAGGAGGACAGCAGGGAGGGCAUGUAGUUGGGCCGGAACCUGGUGAGUAUGCUGGUAUGCCACCGCAAGGUCCUCCUUCUCCAUGUCAGCGUCAUGGGGGCAUAUAUGACUACUACGGUGACUUGCUAUGUCGGGGGUGCAAUACCAGGCAUGCAACCUAUGGUGCUGCCGCAGCAUUCGAUGACGCUAAUGACAUAAGCGUGCGUUAUGUGUGGGGUUUCCGAGAAGUCGAGUCACCCUCGCUGGCUGCCGCAUCCCCUGUUGCGGAGUUUGUCGCACAACUUCCCAAUAAAUCAACGAUGGACUUACGCGCCAUUAAUCACAAACGACAGAGAUCGGACGACUCAAGCACAAUUGCGACGCGGAAAAGGCGCGACGAAACUGGGCUGUUACCACCAAGUGGACUCGCUCAUCUCCCUGAGGAAGUACUAUUGCUCAUUUUAGACACAAUUCUGGGAGCUCUGGUUCGCUGUCAUGCUCUGGCAGACGUACUGCAACACGUGGCAGCACUCCACAAUCUGUGCCUGACGAAUAAGAAGUUCAGCAGGCUCGCCACACCCUACCUGUGUACUUUCAUCAGCAACCGAAAUCGCCGGAAACUCCCUCAAACUAUUGACGCAAUGAUCUUGGACUCUAAGAAAGCAGAGAGCAUCAAGCAUAUAUCUUGGGCGCUCCAAGUCAAAAGGUCGUCGCAAGUCAUGCUCCGUCGAUCACCGAAGGCGGAGACGAUGUUCCUACAGAAGCUUGGGAGGCUAGGCAUCCCAGAGCUUGCGGGUGGUCUGAGAGCUUGCUUCCGUGGCGACUCGGCUGAGUAUCACCUUGCUACAGCACUUGUCUUAGCGCCCAACCUUGAAUAUCUCGAGGCUGCAGACGUGAACUACGAACAAGAGACAGUGGAUGGUAUUAUCUGGAGACCUAUCUGGCUAGAACUUUUGGCGAUGAAAGCCUUGUUACGCCCAACAGGCUUAUCUCAGCAUUUUCAACGCCUCCACCAUUUGUACCUGGGCAUGGGGGAACUGAGAUUCGAGCAAAUCGGACCGUUACUUCGCUUACCUGCUCUACGAACGCUUCACCUAGUAGGCGAGCAACACAACGGUAGGAUUGCAGCACAGCCUUGGAACAAGGAAGUCAGUGACAGAUGCUCCACGAUUGAGACUCUGAUCUUUGAGUGCUGUGAAGUCAGCUCGCAGAUCGUUGCACAGAUUUUAGACGCGAUAAAACAUCUGAAGGUUCUCAAGCUAGAGCUAAAUUACUGGUCCCCGAGUUCUGAGGACGACGGUGACUUCAUUGGGCAGCAACUCUCAUGGCCGACACUCAGUAGAGCGAUUUCUGCGCAUAAAGAAAGCCUGGAGCGACUCUACCUAGUUGAUGGGGGAAGUAACCCAUGGGAGGCGCAUACAGAUUGGGCGGACACGGAAUUUCUAGUCCAGGAGCAUUUGGAAUGUCUGCGCGAUCUUCCAAAUUUGCGGUACCUCGACACCAGCCUGAUGCCUUUUCCCAAGAACGAAUGGGUCAGCUUCCACCACAUGUUUCUACCGAGGCUUGAACAUUUAGUCAUAAACGUCGAGGAUAUUCAGAGUUCUGUCAUGAAUGCCAGUUCCUUGCAAGACCUGGCCGCAAAUUGCAGAUCGCGCCUGCCCUUGCUACAGGAUGUCUUGGUAUUGCUACCCCAAAAACGCCACCCUACCAUUCUGGACUUCUCAGCUUGCAAAACUGCUUUUGAAAGUCAGGGGGUUUACAUCGUAAUCUUGAUCAGCAAUAACGAUGAGGAAGAGCCAAUAUGGAAGCUGCAUCCUUCCACAGUCGAACAAAAUUCCAAGCUUGGUAGUGACAGUUGGGGUUGUCGGCUCAAAGAGAUGGUCGGCCCUAUGUAUUCUAGUGAUCGGCGAGCUCGAGCUGUGUUUCAUGGACCGCACAGUGCAUACCAUGACCCUAAUGGGUGGUCGAUCAUCGACGAUUUGCGAAAAGGAAAGUCGUGAGAUGAGACUUGAGCCAGUGAUAACAUAUCUCCUGGUCUUCGACGUUUCUAGAACCCAAUACAAUUGCAAGCAUCGGGCGUCAACAUGGUCGUCGUCCUCAAACCUCGGAACACGGAAUAAUGGUUCCGAGAUGGAGAUUGGAAUUAGUACCGCGGUCACCAUCUAAAUAUGGCGCAGUGUCCAUCGCUGUUCGUUCGUUUGGUCAUUCGCGUCGGGUCUCAAAGAUGACUGGUAUAUUGCAAAUAACGAGACUGGUCUGUGAAAGUGCAGAGGCCAGGGGCAAAGUGAGCAAUGCAUCAUGUGUCCACGCCCCAUCAUACGCUAAGGAAUGACCUUAGGUGCUUGAGGCUCUCCAACAUGCUGCCAUCGAUGCAGCUUCCCAGGAUGGUGAAAUCGAGCAGUAUCUGGUUACUACGCCACUAGAGGACACGUCAGGGGUGGAUA